AUGAGUUGCGCCGAAGGUGAAUGUAAAAAUAAUUCUGUGUCAUGUGAACAUGGGUAUCAUGUAGGAUUAUACAUCAUAGGCGAGCAAGCUGAUAGACUGUUGACUGAUAGAACGAACAAGAACAAGAGUGACAAGAUCAAUCUGAUUAAAAAGUCAAGUCAAGCCAAAAAUGGGAGUAGAGCCAGUGCAACUGAAUCUAAUAAGCCUCAAAUUUUAUCGAAUAUUCUAAUUCAACCUGGUUGUAGCUAUUCUGUUGAUCUUGCUGAUGAGUUCUAUGAAACCAAACAGCGCCUGUCCCAUACCUUACCUUCAGACAUUGGAUUACAUGAAAGUGACAGCUUCUGGACACGUGUUUCGACAGAUUGUGAAAAUAUUGCUCCGACAUUAAUGAAUGAAGUAGUCUCCAAAAUUGUAUAUUGUAAAGAAAGUAGUGACGAGGAAUAUAACAUUUUUUAA